AUGUCCUCCUCCCACCACCCCCAAGACGAUGACCGCACCAACGAAGACGAAAACGAAAUGUUCGACCCCGCCGACGCCGCAGAAGAAAUCAUCGACAUAGACGGCGACGCGGCCAUGGAUUCGGGCGACGAAGAUCAAGACGGCGACGCCGAUCAAGAAAUGCAAGAACAAGAAAUCCAACUGCAAAAUGAUUCGUCCGCCCACAUGGACGCCCACGGCGACUCCAUCUUCUGCAUUGCCCAGCAUCCUCUGCGUCCCGAACUCGUCGCUACAGGCGGCUCCGAUGGCGAUGCGGAUAAUGCUCCAGGUGUGGGAUAUAUUUUCGAUGCGACUCCUGCGCCCACCCCGGUGUUGCCCGCGAGUUAUCAGAGUAAUCCAUCGGAGCGGGUGGAGCGGGGGAGUCAGGAACCGAUAUUCAAAUUGGAGGGACACGCGGAUUCGAUCAACGCGCUUGCGUUUUCGCAGCCAGAUGGGAAGUUUUUAGUUUCUGGAGGACUCGAUGGGAAAAUACAGGUGUAUGUUACCAAUGGGAGUAAGUGGAAGAAAUACACCGAAGCGCGGGAAGUGGAGGAGGUAAACUGGUUGAUCGCGUGUCCGUAUGCGAAAGCGCCGAAUACGUUUGCGUUUGGGGCGAAUGAUGGGUCGGUGUGGGUGUACACUGUAGAUCCGAGUCAGAAGAAGGCACCGCUGCAGUUGAUGCAGAGUUAUUUUGCGCAUACCGAGAGUUGUACUGCGGGGGCGUGGUCGGCAGAUGGGAAGCUGUUGGCGACGGUUAGUGAGGAUGGGUCGUUGUAUGUGUGGGAUGUGUUUGGAGAGGCUGCGGCGGCGGGAUUAACAGGCGAAGGUGGACAAACGGUUGUGGGACUCACGGCGUUGGAUCAACGGUUUGCGGUUGAGGGGGGAUUGUUCAGCGUGGGGAUUGCGCCAUCGGGUUCGUUUGUUGCGGUCGGAGGAGCUGGCGGUUCGAUUAAAAUCGUCGGGCUACCCCGUUUACCUGAUGCUUCGGGUGCGGGCGCGAGUCCGGGUCAAUCUGGACAGAUUCUUGCGGAUUUGCAAGCACAGGGUGAUGGAAUCGAAUCGAUUGCAUUUGCGCAACCCCCUUUGACGCUCAUGGCUACUGCAAGCGUGGAUGGAAGUAUUGCGCUCUUCGACUCAGCGCAUCGAUUCGCAGUACGCAGACAUAUCAAAGAAGCGCACGAGGAGCACGCAGUGGUGAAAGUGGAGUUUGUAAAGAACGCACAGUCUGGAGGAUGGCUGUUGACCAGUUGCGGAAUGGAUGGAGUGGUUAGACGAUGGGACGCGAGGGGUGGAACGGGGAUUGCGAAUUCGGGAUUGGUGGGGGAGUGGAAGGGACAUAGGGGGGAUGGCGUGGGGGUUAUGGGGUUUGUGCAGGGUGAUGGAAAUAGAAUUGUUACGGCAGGUGAUGAUGGGAUUAGUUUGGUUUUUGAAUCGCCUAUUUAG